AUGCAGUCGGCCUCAUCCUUUCCCGCGUCACCUUCAUCCGGUCCCCGAAAACGCUCGAUUCAAGAGGUUGAUGAUGCGCACAUACCCUCGCCAAAUGCAAAGCUACCAUUGACUGAGCUCGCCGGCGAAAACCAAGAGAAUUGCGACCCAUCUCUCCCCUCCCAGACUGACGACAUUACUUCCCCGCCAGUUCAAACCAAGCGCACUCUUCCACCUCCCCCCUCGGUCGAAAUCGUCAUGAGAAAGACACGUAAACAAAGUGAAGAUGGUGAUGCCGGGGGACUAACAUCCGCAGGCACCAAUGCUGCCUCUAACCCUGAGCCUGAUACCCCGGCCUCUAAGAAACGCAAGGUAGUCUCUGCUGGCACAGAUUCCAAACAACAAGAGAAAGAAGCCAAAGAGCGCCAGAAGGCCGAGGAGAAGGCGAAAAGAGAGGAAGAUAAGAUAAAGAAAGAGGAGGAGAAAGCCAAGCGAGAAGAAGAGAGGCGCCUCAAGGCAGAAGAGAAAAAGAAGCGCGACGCUGAGCGCGACGAGGAGAAACGACACAGAGAAGAAGAAAAGCGGAAGAAGGAUGCUCAGCGUGAAGAGGAACGCAAGCAACGCGACGAAAAGAAGAAAGCAAAGGAAGAUGAAAAGGCCGCCAAAGAAGAAGAGAAGCGCAAAAAGGACGAGGAGAAGGAGAAGAAGACCAGAUCACAACUGAAAUUGAACUCUUUCUUUGCCAAACCACCGGUCCCUGCCGCUUCGUCUGGACAGGUGAUCACCGCUCCUUCGCCUAAGAAGCCAUCUACUACAGCCGAUCCCGCUCGCGAAUCUCGUGGCGUGCAAUCAGACUAUGAGCGAGAGUUUCCUGCUUUCUUUUUACAAUCUCAUACCGUUGUGGCACCUCCCCAUCGGUUUGAGCGUGACCCCGAAGCCCUCGAGCACGUACGCGAAACGAUCGAUACAUGUCUAUGCAACGAAACCCCCACUCAAAUACAUCCAUUCCGUCCAUCAGAAGUCUUCCAGAUAAUCCCCUUCCAUCGGGGGCGUCAGCCAACGACCUCUGUUAGGGACAUACUAUUGCAGCUACAAAGAUCUGACGAUCCAACUCAGCCGGUUCAAAACCAGAGCAUAAUGCCAUCUCCGAGGCCACAAGAACUUCUACGCAAGGUCACAAUGAAGUCUCUCAAGUUUGGCGAGGACAUUCGCCCUCCCUAUCAGGGAACUUAUACCCGUCGCGUGUCCGAGCUAUCUACGCGAAGACUUGCGCGAAAUCCGUAUCACCGAGGGUUGCCGGAUACUGAUUAUGAUUAUGAUUCCGAGGCGGAGUGGGAGGAACCCGAAGAAGGUGAAGAGCUGGACUCUGAAGAAGAAGAUGAAGGCAGUGAUGAGGGCGAAGAUGAUCUCGAGGGUUUCCUGGAUGAUGAGGAUGAUGCCCUCGCUGAGGGCAAACGGCGUCUCAUUGUGGGUGAUUUAGAGCCUGUCUCUACUGGAAUUAAGUGGGCUUCCAAAGGAGUCGAGCCUGACAUGGAGGUUUAUCGGAUGGAAACUAUAUCCGAUGCGGUCCAGCUCCCCAUCGACCCCUUCUCGACUGCAUACUGGGAGAAACCCAAGCCCGUGGAUCCAGUACCUGCGAAAGCGCGACCCGCGACGGCUAUAGACGGUUUCCUUGUUCCUGCAGUCCCUGGAGCACUGGCAGGCAGUGCUUUACCUCCUACAUCGAAAGCGAAACGGCCGUUUCCGCCAGAUCAACUCGCUGAUUUCAAGGAAGCAGUUGAAGGCAGUGAUCUCAGUAAGAUCGGGUUGGUCGAGAUCUUGAAGAAACGAUUCCCUAAAGUGUCCAAAGAUACACUCAAAGCUACCCUUGAUCAGGUUGCUGCUCGUGUCGGGCAAAAAGAAGUUGAUAAGAAAUGGGUUUGUCGGUGA